UGUGUGUGUGUUUUUUUUUUGUGCUCCUGUUUGAUUUUUUUUUACUAGAUAAAUAAAUAUUAAAAAAUAAACUAUAAUUAAAAUAUAUAAAUAAGUAAAUUAAUUUACUUCUAGAUAAUUCAAUUAAACAAAAUUUAAUUAAAAUAUAAUUUUGGAGCUGCUUUAUUUUUUUUAUUUGAUCCCAUGUGGCUUGGGUGACACAAGAGUUUGUCUUUUUAUUUUUUUUUUUUUGUUGAGUAACUUUGUUAAAACAAUAUUUGAGGCCUAAUUUAAAAACUUUAUUUUUAAAAAAUGUCUGGUCAGGAUGUCGAAGGUGCUGACGGAGGAUCACCAUAUAAUAAUUCAAGUGGUUGUGAAGAAGAUGCACGUCAAACUAAAAAAGAAGGAAAAAAAUCAAAUGUAUUACCAUUAUGGGGAAAUGAAAGAACAAUGAAUUUAAAUCCUUUGAUAUUAACAAACAUAUUGUCAUCACAUUAUUUUAAAGUUAAUCUUUAUGAACUUAAAACUUAUCAUGAAGUUAUAGAUGAAAUUUAUUACAGAGUUGUACAUUUAGAACCAUGGGAAAAAGGAAGUAGAAAAACAGCUGGACAAACUGGAAUGUGUGGAGGUGUACGUGGAGUUGGAGCUGGUGGAAUUGUAUCAACAGCAUAUUGUCUUCUCUAUAAAUUAUUUACACUAAGAUUAACAAGAAAACAAUUAAAUGGACUAAUUGUUCAUCCAGAUUCACCAUAUAUUCGCGCACUUGGAUUUAUGUACAUAAGAUAUACACAACCACCAGCUGAUUUAUUCACGUGGUACGACGAGUACCUUGAAGAUGCUGAAGAAAUGGAUGUUAAAGCUGGUGGUGGACAAAUAAUGAAACUUGGUGAAAUACUUAAACAAUUUUUAACAAAAUUAGAAUGGUUUUCAACAUUAUUUCCACGUAUUCCAGUACCAAUACAAAAAGAUUUAGAACAAAAAUUAGGUGAAAGAUUUCCUCAACAAUCAGCAAAUUCACGUAAUGCUAAACCACAAAUAACAAUUAAUAAUCAAGGUAAAUAUAAUUGUAACAACAGUGGAAGAAAAGAUGUUAGCAGAAAUCAACAAAGAUACAAUAGCCAAGAACGUGGUGGUGGUGAUGGUCAAUGGAAUGAUAAUGAUCAUGCAAAUCAGUGGCGAGCCAGAUCUGAAGAACGAAGAGAUAAAUAUCGUGAUCGUGAAAGAGAACGUAGAAGAUCAAGAGAUAGAUCGAGAGAUAGAUCAAGAGACAGAUCAAGAGAACGUGAACGUUCAAGAGAUCGUGGAAGAAAUGAUGAUAGAAAACAUCGUCAUUCAAGAAGACCAAGUAGAGAAAAAAGUCGUGAAAGAAGUCGUAGAUAUAGAAGUCGUAGUAGGGAUAAUAAAAAUACAAGAGAACGUCAUCGUGAUCGUGAAAAGUACAGAGAAAGGCGACAUUCUCCAAUGGAUUUUGCUGCUGAACUUGCUAGGGAAAAAGAACGUCAGCGUAGAGAUUAAUUUUAAAUAGUUGACAUAUUGUCAAACUACUGGAUCAAUAAUUAUCUAUGUACCUAUUUACAAAAAAAAAAAAAAUAAAUAACGAGAAGAUAAAGUAAACACAAACACAAAAAUAAAGGGUAACAACUUGGAGCCGAGCCAUUCACGUCGAUUUAAUCGACUCAAUUACUAUAUAAUUAAUGUUAUGCUCUAAAAAAAAAAAUAUAGAACAUAAGCCUAAAUGUAAAAUUAUCAUAGUUUAAUAUUAUAUUCACUUAUGUAGUUGAUGAUUUUUUUAAAUAAAAAAUAAGCUAAUUAAUUGAGUUUUAAAAUUUUUAAUAAUAAAAUUAUAAUAGAUCUUUUUUGUUUAUAUUUAAAGAUUUAAUUUUUUUUUUUAAUGAUUGAAUUUAAUUGUUAUAAUUAAUUAUUAAUAUAUACUUUGAAUAAAAAUAAAAAAUAAAAUCUAUUUUAUUAAUAAUAAUUUAAUUCAAAUUAUAUAUUUUAAUUAAUUUAUAUUAUUAUUAUUAACAUGUACAAUAUAAAUUUUACAUACUGUUGUUUGUUGGUUUAUUUAUUUAAUUUAAAUAAACAUAACAAUAUUAUAAUAAAAAUAAAAAGUCACUUAAAAAAUAC